CUUGAUGUUGUCAGUAAUCCGGCGUCGGUCAGUGCACGGUCAGGGGUGGGUAUUGUGCGCUGUGCAUGGUCAUAGAAGUUUGCUGAUCCCGAAGGGCAGGUCGUGAUGCAUUUUGAGGUGCUAGGAUCUCUUUUUAUAGGGUUAGUACAGGGAUACACCAGUCGGCCGGGCUUUUUCUCUGCCUUGCAUCAUGGUAUUUCAUGGCUUGACGCCACUAUUCUAGACGACUUUUUUUGGUCCUUUACUUUCGGCGCAGUUGGAUACAGACCGCCUUGUCCUGGUUACCCUUUGGGCUUUUGGAAGCUUCGCAAGGACGCACGAGUCGAAUUGUUAUCCCAGGACAAGAUUGCUAACACACUCAUCAAGUCUCGGUCUACACACAGGACUCUGGGACAAUCAUCGGGUGUGCUGGGGGAUCUUGACCCGCGUGUCUAGCUAUUUGUUGGGUUGCAUAUAUUGGGCCACUUCGCCAAGGACAUGGGAUGACACGGAAGAACAUAGAGAGACGUGGAGGUUACACACCUGUGCCUUCAAAGGGAUUAGGUCAGUUCAUUGACGAUAUGGGGAGUGCGUUUGUUCACUCUGGGUCUCUUUGGGGGAAUCAGGCAGGCAGGCGGUGCGU